AUGCCGCCCUCGCCGCACGCGCACCGCCAGCACGCCCGCUUCUCCGACCCCUACGGACCCGCCAAGCACACCGACAAGCACUCGCACGCCCGCCAGUCCCUCCCUCUCCGCCCGACCGCGCCAGGGUGGGGCCAGGCAGCGGCCAGGGGCAGCCCGGCGAGGCGGCGCGCGCCUGCGAGCGACGACGGCGACCUGUUUGGGCUCGGCGGCGGGCGCGACUCGGACGACGACGAGGGCUGGGACCUCGACACCGACUCGAGCCAGGACGUGUCGGUCGUCGAGCAGGCGUUCGAUGAGCCGUCGCCCGCUACCGAACGCGCCGCAUCCGCCAUCGCGACGUUCACGCACACCACCCUGUACUCGACGACGCACUCGGACGACGUCAACAUCCUCGCCUCUUCGGCCCUCAAGCAGACCAAGAAGAUCCUGCGCUUUGCCGCCGAGACGGCGCCGGCCGCGUUCCGCGACGAGCUUGAAAAGGUCGGUGCGGCAGAGGAGCAGGGCCUCGAAGCGCUCGCGCGGGAGCAGGACAAGCUCGCAACGGCGGCGCAGCAAAGAGCGUCGCAGGGCAAGGCGCUGCUCGACCGACUCGUCGAGCUGGAGCUCCAGGAGGAGGCCAACCGCGCGAUGACGCUCUCGGACCUGCAGGCGAUCCGCAAGGACACCGAGUCCGCCCUCGCCGCCGCCGCCAAGAAGCACGCCGACGCGAGCGCACGCCUCGCCAAGGAGCUUCAGGCGCUGUACGGGCACGACGGCUCGAGUGGCGGCAGCGGUGGGGCCAAGGGCAAGGGCGCAGGAGCGGGCAAGGGCAAGGGGCAGAAGUCGCCCGGGCGCAAGAAGCACUGA